GAGACGCAGUGCGCUCUUGUAAGGUUGUCUGUAGUGUAUGCCUGGACUAGGUAGCAGUUGAGCCAGCGCGGUAUAUACCAGGGGGUAGGAGGCGAUAUGCAGGAGAUGAAUGAGUAAUGCGCCCGGAUUCGUGCUCGAUAUGGGCGCUUGGAAUGGGGACUUAUAGAUCGAGUGAGUCACCAAGGCUCGGCUGGAAACCAGUCACCAGCUUUGUGUCAUCAAAGACCGGCAAAGUGAGUAAGAACAGAGGCAGACAAACAAGAAACUCGAGGUCAAAGAGAUCAAAAGGAAUCAGAACCUUGGAAGGCGAGUCGGGGACCUUGUUUGGCGAUAUCGAGUCACGGCUGGGCUUCUUUAUCAGGCGCCCUCCAGGGGGGUCCGGGCGAGGCGAUGCUGAUUGCGGCAGGUGCAGGUCGUUCACACCACUGCAGCUCUUGAUAACGAGGUCCUAUCAAUCAAGCACCCCCUUCUCCUCCCCUCAUUUUCUGGGGAUGCGCCACUUGCGAUCCAGCCGAGACCCAUCUUCCAUGGUCCUCUAGUUUCGUCAACCGAGGAUCCCGAGGCUGCUGCUCUCCUGCAGAUGGCCGGACCAACGACCGCCCAGGCCACAGCCUCAGGCACCUUGUCCGUUCUGGGCGGUCACUUGCCUGCUGUGAUGUCAUGCGAUGAUGCGAUUUGCAUCUCCUCCUUUCUCCGGCUGGGCUUAUCAUGCGUCCCUGUCAGCUGCAUCCACGCAAACCUGCGCUGGAGU